AUGGCAUUUUUCAAAAAUUUUCAGCAGAAUCUGCCUUCAGUGUCCUCUCUGGUGGACACAAUCAGUAAUGCUGUGGAAGAUUUCACCACUGCUGUGGGGGAAGUCAGCUAUGCUUUCACUGACUCAGUUGCUGAACAGGUAACAAGUAUGAUAAGUGGCUUUCGCCCAGAAGAGGAAAGCGCUGCAGCAACAGAAGCUGUAGAUACUUCUAAACAAGAAAAUACCACGUUACCAGAAGUCUCCAAAAACACGAAUUGUCAGAAAACACAAUUCGAUUUAGAGCACCAAGCAAAUCGAAUAAAUAGUUAUAAUACUUCAGUUUCACAAAAGCAAGAUCAAGGAAUGAAUGAAGGAGUAUUUAAACAUAAUAAUAGGCAACAGACGCUAUCAAAAUAUCAAGAAACCAAUACUGCUGGUGAUUCUUCUUUGAAAGGCCAGAUGAGUCAUGGUAGGAUAUCAGUUAGCAAGCAGAAUGCAAGGGCUGGAUCUCCUUGUCAAGAAAUUGAAAGUACUGACAGAUGUAGAAAAUAUGGAUUAGGAAUUUCCAGUAAUGGUAAGCAUGACCUAAAGGAGGUAAGAUUUCAAGAAAUGCAAGAAAAUUAUUUAAAGAAGGCUGAAAAACAUAUUAAAAGUAAAGGAUCCAAAGGGAAUAAGUGUUCAGGAAAUGAAUGUUCUCCAAAAGGUAUUUUGGAAAGCAAUAGACAUAUGAUACAGAAAUCCAUUAAGAAAGAAGACAUACAUCCAGCAGCAUCAGCUAAUUCUAAAGGUAAGUGUUAUGGAAAAAUCAAAGAACAAAUAAAUCCAACAAAAUACUACAAAGUGAAAGGAGACAUAAAAACAAAGAAAAACGAAGCCAUUUCUGCCAAAAAAGAAACAGCAAAAAGUAAAGAUGAAAAAUAUUCUGAGAUAAUACCAGAAAAAGAUAAUUCCUACAUUGACAAAGAUGAGCAUGGUUCAUCCUCUGAAAGUGAAGAUGAAGCACUGGGUAAAUAUCAUGAGGCCUUAUCCAGAACACACAAUUCCAGGCUACCAUUGGCAGAUUCUAGACAAAAGAGCUAUACUUGGGAAACAAGACAGAAAUAUAGCCCUCUCUCUGCAGAGUAUGAUGGAUACAGUAGCGAAGCAUCAAUAGAUGAAGGAAACUGCAUUCAGAGAAUGAGAAGAACACCCCCACUGGAUGAAUUGCAGCCACCACCAUAUCAGGAUGACAGUGGUUCUCCCCAUCUAUCAUGUACACCCUCAGAAAUUGGGGACAGUAAAUGUGAAUUUUCCCACUGCAGCAACAGUCCAAGAUGCUCAUAUAACAAGUGUCCAAGUGAAGGAAGCACAGGUCAUGAAAUAGAAAGUUAUCAUAAUAAAGGAUAUGAAGAAGAUGUUCCAAGUGACAGCACUGCAGUCCUGAGCCCUGAAGAUGUGUCAGCUCAAGGAUCAUCUUCACAGCUUCCUAAACCUUUUGAUCCUGAGCCAGAAGCUAAAUAUGGCACACUGGAUGUGACUUUUGACUAUGACUCACAAGAACAGAAGCUUCUGGUAACAGUGACAGCUGUCACAGAUAUCCCAACAUAUAACAGGACAGGUGGUAACUCAUGGCAAGUACACCUUGUUCUUCUACCUAUAAAGAAACAGAGAGCAAAAACCAGCAUCCAAAGAGGACCAUGCCCUGUCUUCACAGAAACAUUCAAAUUUAAUCAUGUUGAAUCUGAGAUGAUUGGAAAUUAUGCAGUUCGGUUUAGACUGUAUGGUAUACAUCGCAUGAAAAAAGAAAAGAUUGUGGGGGAAAAGAUUUUUUAUUUAACAAAAUUGAAUCUUCAAGGGAAAAUGUCAUUACCUGUGAUAUUGGAACCUUCUUACAAUCAUUCUGGUUGUAACUCCCAAAUGAGCGUGUCAGAAGUCUCCUGUAGUGAAAGUACAUCUUCCUGCCAGUCUCUUGAACAUGGCUCAGUUCCAGAAAUUCUCAUUGGCCUGCUUUAUAAUGCCACAACUGGAAGACUAUCAGCAGAAGUGAUAAAAGGCAGCCACUUCAAAAACUUGGCAGCAAACAGACCACCCAAUACAUAUGUUAAAUUAACUCUCCUGAAUUCCAUGGGUCAAGAGAUGUCCAAAUGCAAGACAUCCAUCCGCAGAGGGCAGCCAAAUCCAGUAUACAAGGAAACUUUUGUUUUUCAAGUGGCCCUAUUUCAACUCUCUGAUGUGACACUCAUACUGUCUGUGUAUAACAAACGCAGCAUGAAAAGAAAAGAGAUGAUAGGCUGGAUUUCUUUAGGUCUGAACAGCUCUGGAGAAGAGGAACUCAAUCACUGGACUGAAAUGAAAGAGUCGAAAGGACAGCAAGUAUGUAGAUGGCAUGCAUUGCUAGAGUCGUGAUGACUAGGAUUAAUGAGCAAUUGCAGUUCAAGGCAGCAUCAUUUCUGAGUACAACAUUACUCUUCUUACCUAGUCACCAUGGGAAGAUCUAUUCUUUGAAGAAUCAUCUUUUAACAUUCUACCCAAAUGCUUUAAAUUCUGUGGAAAGAACAUCUAAUACUGACAUAAAUGAAGAAAAGAAGUGUCUCUAGUAGAGCUUUUUUCUCAUUUGAGAAAAUGAGAAACUUUCAUCUUUCUUAAACAGUCCUCCAGAGCUUUAAGAGCAUCCUUUUGGUUUGAAGUUAAUUUUAGUUUAGCAAAAGAGCCAAUAAUUUUAUGAAAAAUCAAAAUUAUAAAUGAUUUUGAAAAUCAGAAUUUUUAGUUGCAGCACCCUUUUAGGUCACCCUACAUAUUAUGCACAAGACAUAUUUUGACUGGCUCAUCCCUGGUGUUUGUAAUGUUCUUUAAUAUGAGAAAGUCAUUCUCCAGCGUUGUCAGUCAGAUCUAAUAGUGAAAGGUUUCAAUCACAUUGAAAAUCAUUUUAUUUCAGAUAUUUUCCUUUUGUGCACUUAGUUUUGUUGUGCCUCAGUUCUUCUCAAUAGCACUAAAUCUAAGUGCAAGCAAGUAUUCAUUUUCAUAAGGGAAUGUUUUUUAUGUGUUAUUUUAAGAAAAGCCCACUUCUUCA